UCGCCUUCGUGGCCAGAUUUCUGGAAUUCCGAGUGACAUUUAACCUCAUCAACCUGACAGGCAUGUUCCUUUUAACUCCACUUUCGUGCACUUUCUACGUUCAACAGGACUGAUCAUUUUUCGGAGCGGCAGGUGUUGUCUAUAAAAACACGAUUCUUCGUUUGAAAAAAAUGAGAUAUACAUACAAAAGGGAUAAAUUUGGAGAAAUUUAAAUUUAAACGAAAUAAAAUAAUUUAAUUUUAUGGGAAUUUGAGGUUUAACAAUUUUCGAACAAAAAUGUCUUCAACAUUAUUUGCACAGUACGUUGAUAAUGAGAUACUUGAUACAUUAAUCUUAACUGAGCAAUUAACUGAGUAAUUUAUGCCGAUCUUUGAACUUUUUCUUCACUUUUUAUCUCAGCCAGAAUCACUUAUAUACAUUCUGUUCACGUCAACAUCUAGAAAAACUAGAUUGUAACAGCAUUUUUUGUACAUUAAUGAUUUAAUGACGAUUUCUGCACGCAAAAAAGGAACAAUCAUCGGCUAUUCUUUUCUGCAUUCCUUUGCGAUGUAGCCUUGUCCCUCAGUUGGAAUCGCUAUCUGAUUCGCGUCAGUAGUCAAUGGCACACCUGUGUGUCUAAGAUGGCGUCGCUCAUUGACAACUACGAACAGCAGUAUGCCGUUCUGACAGCUGACAUUACAGCAAAAAUCGGCCGGAUAAGGAUCCAGAGUGGCGGUGAAAAAAGGGCAUUUAUCCAAGAUGUGGACCGGCAAAUUGAAGAAGCUCAAGAACUGCUGGAGCAAAUGGAGUUGGAGGUUCGUGGGAUGAAUGGGACGGCUCGCGAUCGCUUGCGCGGUCGCGUGGAGAGUCACAGAGCGGAACUGAAACGCCUGACGCAGGAGUUCCAAACGGCGAAACAACCAAGGGAGGAUACCAUGGAGAUCACAGUGGAGGAGUCCUGGGACAACAAUGUAACGGAGGAUCAGAGGAAAAGGCUGCUGGACUCGUCCGAGAGGAUAGAACGGACGGGUCGAACGUUGCAGAACGGUUAUCGCAUGGCACUGGAGACUGAGGAGAUCGGUUCUCAUGUACUGAAGGAGCUUCACGAGCAGCGGGAGACAAUACAGCGAAGCAGAGGAAGGGUAAGCUGCGAAUUGUGCAAGUAUUUCGAGGAUGCGAAUUACGCAGGCGAGAAAAAUGCGAGAAAAUGUGAAUUCAUAAUGUAUUCUACGUUGUUCCUGUUGUUUAGUUACGAGAAACCGAUGCAGAAUUGGGACGGGGAUCUCGACUGUUGUCGGGAAUGCUUUUUCGGAGCCUUCAACAGAGAAUUGUUUUAGCAGCGGUAGCGUUAGUGCUCAUACUUGUCGCGUGCAUUGUGAUAUACUAUAGCUUUAAGUCUAAGAGUUAAAGAAUAGACGUUCUUUCUUUCCUCGGCCAGGUCCACCGAGUAGGAAGCCAUAUUUAUUAUCGGAGACUUGAAAAUGUUAUUUCUAUCAAAUUGUGAGGUUCGCGGUAGAUAAUUAUCUAUCAUAUCGUCUAUCAAACUUUCGCACUUGUUUGUCACGUUCUGCCUCAACGUAAAUACGAAUUCUCUUUAUAUAUAUUCUUCCGCCAUUCAAUCGGAUGUUGGACGAUUGAACGCCUCGAUCUCUUAGAUGAAAUCGCAAAAAAGCAGAAUCGUAAAGCAGGCAGAACGUCACGAAGCAAGAAUAAAAGACCUCGUCUAAUAUAUUUCCAUAAAGUCUCGUAUAAAAAAAUAUUGACCCAUCCUCCUCGUAAGAUUAAUUUUCAAACAGUUUUACGGCUCUCCUUUAUUUUCCCGUGCUGUCAGGGGGUGCUACUUAAUUGAUCAAGUGCAUUAAAUGCGCGCAUCGACUAACGUCGCUCGAGAAAAACUGACCGUUCCAAACGCGGCGCGGCGGAGAGAAUCGUAAAACUGUUUCAACAUCGUUACGCGAGUGUCGUACGGAAAGCUUGACCAGCGAUUAACAUUGCCUCGCAGUUCAUGCUUCCAAGAAUACUCCGAAUCACAAAAUAUAUUCAACAAGAAACUGUAUUUAUUAAGUAUCAUUCUCGACGUUGCGCGCGCCACGUAUCGGGCGCGUUAUUAUUAUUAUUAUUAUUACCUCUUCAUGUUCGAGUUAACAACUGCGUGUAAUUGUUGUAACCUUCACCUGAGCCGUGUGAUCGAGCGUGUCUGCGCCCACGGACUCUAUCAAAAACUAAAAAUGCAUUCUAUAACUCGUCUCUUUACACGAG